UCGUGCAUGUCGUUUUUUCGAUGGAGAGAACCGGCUGAACCGGUUGCGUGUCGUGCGCUUCCUAAUGCUUUGCUUUGUGUGCCUUUUUACCUGCUACAGCCGGGUUUUUAUGGUUUUGCUGACGUGGCGGAUAGUGUGGGGGUCGUGUGGGGUAGUAGUAGUAGGUGCACCGUGCACGUGACUCGGAGCAGCGUAUACCUUAAGGACAUGGUAGUAAUCGUACGCGGUCGUUCGUUCCGUAUAUAUAAUUAUUGUUGGGCUUUUUUAAUAUUUGGGCUAAACAUGUGAUGGGCCACUUAAGUCGGUUUCAUUACAUGUUUUAAGUUUUAUGACAGACGGCGGUUUAGGGUUAACCGGCACAGUCACGAGUCUUGACCAAACCCUAUAUAAUUAUUUUCUUAACACUAGGGUCUCUCUCCCUCGAGAACUAAAAAGAAAAAAGCUCGAGCCUUUCGCAGUUUUCAGCUCAUCUCAUCUCUCUCGCGCCGUCGUCAACAUGGGUUAGCCACGUGGUAUGGGCUCUGGGCGCAAGCUUAAGAGGCAUAGGAUUAGUCAGAGGUGGGCUGACAAGGGUUUCAAGAAAUCUCACCAAGGUAACGAGUGGAAGAAGCCUUUUGCUGGAUCUUCUCAUGCUAAAGGAAUCGUCCUUGAGAAAAUUGGUAUUGAGGCUAAGCAGCCUAACUCUGCUAUCCGUAAGUGUGCUAGAGUUCAGUUGAUCAAGAACGGUAAAAAGAUUGCUGCUUUUGUCCCCAAUGAUGGUUGUUUGAACUACAUUGAAGAAAAUGACGAAGUGUUGAUUGCUGGAUUUGGGCGUAAAGGUCAUGCUGUUGGAGAUAUUCCCGGAGUUAGGUUUAAGGUGGUGAAGGUGUCUGGUGUCUCACUCAAUGCUCUCUUCAAGGAGAAGAAGGAGAAGCCUAGGUCUUAAGCUCUACUACUUUACAAGGAAGGAUUUUUUUUUGAUAUUUGAAGACAUGUCUAUGUUCUACUUCAAGUUUCAGUGACAUCUUAUUACGAGGAGUAUGAGUUUAUCUUAUUUUUGUUUCAUUUAUUUUGGAUGCUAAUUACCCUAGUAUUCUUUUCCCAA